CCCUUUCUCAACAGUUCUUCUUUUUUCUCCCAAUAGUACGCCUGCCUUCGAAAGCUCCAUUCCUGUUUACCAGGAUCCUGGAACCAUUCCUCGAUUGAUUGAAAAUUACGAGUCGAAUUUCCCAAACCCGUAUUUUCCCAGUGAAUCAAAGCCUCCUCCUCCUCCAUUGAAACACAUGCAGAGCUCAAACUUAAAACUCCCAAACAGCAAAUCAGGAAAGAACGCUACCCAGACAAAUCGUUUUAUACAGUAAGGCGCAAAAUGUUUGGUAUUUCGUACGGAGAGCUCUUCCUCUUGAUCGGAGCCACGGCUGCUCUAGUCGGACCAAAGGAUUUGCCUAGAAUUGCUAGAACAGCAGGGAGGUUAGCGGGUCGGUCAAUUGGGUAUGUUCAGUUAGCUAGAGGCCAAUUCGAUAAUGUUAUGCAGCAGUCUCAAGCCCGCCAGGUUCAUAAAGAACUUCAAGAUGCACUUGCACAACUAGAGUCGAUUCGUUAUGAAGUCCGGAGUAUAUCACUUAUGAAUCCUGGUCCUAUGGCUCGAAGGCUGAUGGAUAAUCCUCAGGACCCGGCUCCUCUGAGUGAUGGGGCCAACAGUUCACUUGAGAAGCCUAAGGAGGAGCUGAAGUCAAGAAAUCCUGUGGUGAAGGAUGAUACUUUCAGAACCUCAGACUCACCUAAUUUGCAUAGUCAAGCAACUGCGUAUGCAAAGUUGGCUGAAUCUGAUGCCGUGAAGACUGGCUAUUUGAAGAGCAGUGCAGAGCAAGAAAACCUUAAAGAUGAAAGUGGUCUUUUCGUUGUCCUCCCAAUUUCAGCUGAAAGCACUGGGAUGCUACCAAAUCGCAAAGAGAAUGUUCAGGGAUCAGACAUUGUGUUGGAAGCAAUAGUUGAAGCAGAGGUAGCACGUAAUGCCAAAGAUUUCUUUUCACAGCCUGAAAAUCAAAUACAGUGAACUGAAAAGGGGGUAAGGGCAGGAGAAUGUGUGUGAGCCAAUUUGUUUUUGGCUAUGCAUAUCAACACAUGCUAGUUUUACAAUGCUAGCUCAAUUGCUGGCAUUAUUUGCUGGUGAAAAUGCAGCACGAUUGGCUUCAAUUUCCCUUAGGUGGUGUUUGAUUCAAAGGAAUUAACUGCAAUGGAAUGCAAUCAUUGCUAUUGAAAGCUCCAUUACAAUGUUCGUUUUGGCAAUAUGACUCUUGAAAGCCCAUUCCUAUAGCUGUUGGUGGACCAUUUCCAAAAUAGAAUGGGUGGAAACCCGUUCAAACAUGACGCCCAUUGGAUGCCAACACCUCAAGCCCUAGGAGUUCCCUUCCAUGGUUUUCACUUCUCGGUCUCUCACCUCAAGCUCAACCAGUUCACUUUCAUGGGUUCCCAUUUGUAUUUUGAAAACCUGAUCAACAGGAUUCUUUCACCAACAGACUCUGAAACCAGUCUACAGAAUGAUAUUAGUUUCUAGAUUUUAGUCUAUAAUUCUUGUUCUGUUGCAGAUAAGUCUUUGAUCAAACAUGUAUAAUAUAUAUCAUCCCUGUAAAGAACACCAAUAUCAUAUUGAGUUAUUAAUGUAAUCUACUGCAAUGUGAUAUGAUUUGUCACA